AUAAAUAGACACCUAACUUCAUUAAAAAGUCGACUGCAACGAGGUUGAAUGCAUUUUAUUACUAUAGAAAUGGUUUUCUACUGGUUAUUUUUAUCUUUUUGUGCAGUUCCACUGAUUGUUUUAUUUAUUUCUAAAUGGCGAUAUUCCUACUGGAAACGUCGAGGGGUCGUACAAUUGAAUCCAGAGUUUUUGUUUGGAGAUUUGAGGGAUAUGCUCACUGCAAAGAUAUCCAUGGGCGAAGCCUUCAAAACAAUCUAUUUUACCCUCAAAAACAAAAAACUGGAUUAUGGCGGAAUUUAUUUGGCAUUCAACCCGGUUUUUAUACCUUUAAAUCUCCAGCUAAUAAAAGAUAUGUUGAUGAAAAGUUUCGAUAAUUUUCAAGAUAGAGGUAUUUAUAAUAAUCCCAAAGACUUACUAAGCUAUAAUCUAUUCAGAAUGGGGGGGCGACCAUGGAAACAAUUAAGAGUAAAGCUGACUCCCACUUUUACAUCCAGCAAAAUGAAGAUGAUGUUUGAAACUUUAACUAAAAAAAUUGAUAAAUUUCCGCCGAUCAUCGAUCAAUGCAUCAGGGAUGGAUCUCAAAUCAACGUUACCGAUGUUUCCGGUCGAUUUACUACCGACGUUAUCGGAUCAUGCGCUUUUGGAAUCGAGUGUGAUUCGUUGAGCAAUCCUGCUUGUGAUUUUAGAAUUUAUGGAAAAAAAGUCAACGAGCCAAACUAUUUAAGACAAUGGAUGGAGAAAGCAUUUCCAAAAAAUCUUUUACCUUAUGUAGGAUUUAAAACCUUGCGAAAAGUAGAAGAUUUUUAUAAAAAUAUUGUAUUAAAUACCAUAGAACAUCGAGAAAAAAAUACCGUAAUUAGGAAAGAUUUUAUGCAACUACUACUGCAGCUUCGCAAUUUAUCCGAUGAUGAAAAACUAAUUAAUAACAAAGAAAAAAAUCAGACUCGAGUUUUGAGCGAUGACGAAAUCAUAGCACAAUGCUUUAUUAUUUUCAUAGCUGGAGUUGAGACUUCAACAAUAACCAUGGCUUUGGCUCUCUAUGAAGCCGCCAAAAAUAGUCUCAUUCAAGAUAAAAUGAGACAAGAAAUACGACAAGUUUUUGCAAAAUACGAUGAUAAGUUCACAUAUGAGGCAGCAAAGGAGCUGGUUUAUAUGGAGCAAGUGAUCUUAGAAACUCUCAGAAAAUAUCCUGUUUCGCCAACCCUUCCAAGAGUUUGUACCAAACGUUACAAUAUACCUGGAACGACAGUAUUUAUAGAAAAAGGGACAACUGUUGAAAUUCCUAUCUGGGGUAUUCACAUGGACCCCGAUUAUUAUCCAAAUCCAGACAUUUUUGAUCCAGAGCGUUUCAGUCAAGAGGAAAAAGCAAAAAGAUCAGCUUCUAUGUAUCUGCCAUUUGGGGAAGGUCCGAGGACAUGCAUAGGUGCUCGUUUUGGUAUGCUACAAGUCAAAACAGGAUUGGUUGGAUUACUAAAAGAUUACAGAUACUCGAUUUCGUCAAAGACGCCCAAUACUUUGUCGUAUACACCUACGGUUCUCUUUUUACUUCAUCCUAACGAGGACAUUUUUUUAAAACCUGAAAAAAUCUGAAGCAACUGCAAAAGAAUUGACCCAGGCAGCACUAGCGGUUUCUUCAAUAUACAGAGUAUCCCACUGGGCACCAAAUCGAUCUAUGAAAAACUGUAUACAUACAAAUUUUGAACAUUUUACCGUAAACUAUAUACAGGGUGUUUGGGGUACAUCGAUAGCAAAUUUUCAAUGUGUGAUAGUUAAGGUGAUUUGGAAGCUGUUGGACCAUACAUAUUGUUACCCUUAUGCAAAGCUUCGUAUUUUUUGAGAAAUGAGCAUUUUCAGAUAUUUUUGGGAAAUAUUCGAAUUGUUCCUAAAGCAUAGGUAUUGUUUUUUUUUUUUUGUAGUAAACACUUUAACCUUUUCCAAUUUUUUCUCCGAUAUUCCUAGAAUGCAAUCUUUCGAAGAAAUAUGGAAAGAAAAAAUAAAUGAUUGAUACAAAAAAAGAGUAGCCCAAGUUUUGUGUUAAAAUAUAUUUAAAAUUUUUUUCUAUCUUAAAUAGUAAAGGCUGUAGGCUGUAGAUAUGGGUCCAAAUAUAAUCAAAUACCCUGUACAUACAUGGAUGCAAUAUAUGUAAAAAUGGUGAUAGCUCAAAAAACGGCGAACUUUGCAUAUGGGUAAAUAUGGUCACACGGCUUUCAAACGACCUUAACUAUCACUCAUUGAAAUGUCCCUAUCGAUGUACCAAACAUCCUGUAUAUAUUAUACCGUUUAGUACAUUAAUUUAAUUAUCCAUACACUAUUGGUAAUAAUUUGUAUUUUUUUAUAACUUUUUUCUGCGUUUCUUCUGAUAUUGGUGUCCUUUCAUAUUAGGUUUAAGUAAAUAUUAUUGUAGGUAUCUACAAAUA